AUGCUUAGUCGACUUACAAAGACUGUGCUUUCCGGAAGCGGAAGCGGAAGCGGAUUGAGAUUUGCGUCAAGUGCCGCCAACAAUUUGUUCAAUCAGGCUAAUUUGACGGCGGAUCCAUCGAAGGUGGGACAUUUUUUUUGUGGGGGAAAAAUUUGGGAAAAUUUCACUGUUUCAGGAGUUUUAUGAGUAAAAUUGGAAGUAUUGUAAAGUUUAAUCGAUUGUAAAAAUUAUUUUUGAAAAUUUCACUGUUUCAAGAGUUUUAUGAGUAAAAUAGAAGUUUUAAGAAAUUUGAUCCCUUGAAAAAUUUCACUAGCCAAAUUCUAUAAAAUUUCAUGAGAAAAAAAUUUGUAAAAAAAUUUCACUGUUUCAAGAAAUAAAUAUCAGAAAUUGGUGAUUUGAUCGGCUAAUCCAUUCUGAGCCCUUUGUUCAUAUUGAAAUUUCAUGAGCUGAAAUUUUUAAAGAAUAUUUUUUAUUAUCUAACUCUUGUUCUCCAGAAAUUCCGUAGGAAAAUUCACUGAUUCAAAAAUAUCUGUAUCAAUUUGUUAGCAAAAAAUUGAUUUAUCUCUGAAAAUUUCAUUUCAAAACCAAACUAUGCUCAAAAAAUUUGCUGUUUCAAGAAAAACAUAUUGAAAUUGACGAUUUGAUCAGUGAAAAAUUCUAAAAAUAAAACACUUUGAUUUUUAAUUAACCCCAAAUAUGUAAUUUUUGAAAUCAUAGAAAUUUCACUGUUUCAAAAAAUUGAUAUUUGAAAUUCAUAGAUUUUAUAAUUGAUGCACUCGUGAAAUAUCAAAAACAAAAAUAAUAUCAAAAAUUUACUGUUUCAAAAGCUCUCAUUUUUCUCCGAGAUAUUUUACGUUUCAAUUGAAUUACUAUUGAAAUCGGUUAUUUGAUUAAUCAAUUUCGCUAGUAUACUUGCUUUUUAAAAACAAAUUAGAUUUUCAGUGAAAAAUGUCUACAAGUGAAAUUUCUACUGAUUCAAAAAAUCGAGAAAAACUAGUUUAGAAAAUUCACUGUUUCAAAAAAACGUGUGAUAUCAAAUUUUCAAGAUAAAUUCAGUUUCACGCCAAUUUUCCGUGAAAAAAAUUUCUCAAAAAUUCACUGUUUCAAAAAAUAUUAAAUUGAAAAUUUUCAAAAUUAGUUCAGUGUGUCAACAAAAAUUUUCACUGUUUCAAAAAAAAGUGUAAAAUCAGAAUUUUCAAGAUAAAUUCAGUCUGUGGCAAUUUCCCGUCCAAAAAUUCACUGUUUCAAAAUUUAAUUAAUUAAUUAAUUGGGUAUAUUUAAACUAUUGAAGAUCCGCGAUUUUUGUGCAUUUAUUUGUAAAAAAAUUUUUUACUGUUUCAAAAAAUUUUCAAUUAAAAAUAUUAAUUUUUGACUUUUGUUGGUAAUAAAUGGAAACAACUGGGAAAAAUUAAUUUAGAAAUUCACUGUUUCAAAAUUUUUCAAGAUGAAUUCAUUUUUUGGCCAAUUUCUGUUCACAAACAUAUUUUCUCAAAAAUUCACUGUUUCAAAAAAUAUUAAAUUGAAAAAAAAACAAUUUUUUCUACAAAAUUUUCACUGUUUCAAAAAAAGUGUAAAAUCGAAUUUUCUGAAAUUCGUGUAGUUGUUAGCAAAAAUUCUCUCAAAAGUUCACUGUUUCAAAAAAUUUUCACUUAAAAAUAUUAAUUUUUGACUUUCGUUGGUAAUACACGAAAAAAAGUGGGAAAAAAUAAUUUAGAAAUUCCACUGUUUCAAAAAAAAAAGCAAAAUAAAUUCAAUUUUUGGCCAAUUUCAGUUCACAAACAUAUUUUCUGAAUAAUUAACUGUUUCAAAAAAUAUUAAAUUGAAAAUUUUCAAAAUUAGUUCAGUAUAUCAACAAAAAUUUUCACUGUUUCAAAAAACGUGUGAAACCACAAUUUUCCAAAUAAAUUCACUUCGUGGCGAUUUCUCGUGAAAAAAAUUUCUCAAAAAUUCACUGUUUCAAAAAAUAUUAAAUUGAAAAUUUUCAAAAUUAGUUCAGUGUGUCAACAAAAAUUUUCACUGUUUCAAAAAAUAAAUAAACAAAUUGGGAAUAUUUUGAACUAUUGGUGAUACGCGAUUUCUGUGCAUUUAUUUGUAAAAUUAUUUUUACUGUUUCAAAAAAUUAUUUUCAAUUUGAAAUAUUAAUUUUUGACUUUCGUUUAUAGUUCUAGAAAAAUUAAUUUAGAAAUUCCACAGUUUCAAAUUUUUUUCAAGAUAAAUUCAUGUUUUCGCCAAUUUCUGUUCGCAAACAUAUUUUCUCAAAAAUUUUCACUGUUUCAAAAAAUAAUCAUCAUAAAUUCUUUUUUUUUUCCCACUGAUCGGUUUUUGUUUCACCAACCCAAAAAAGGUUCAAAAAUCAGUUAAUAAAAACAAGGUCAUUCGAAAAAAGAAACCUCGUGUUUCUUUUUUCCUAUCUUUUGGCUGUUUUUUGAAGUCAAGCAUGUUCUUCAGCAAAUUAAAAAAUUGAUAGUAGAUCAAAAAAAAAAAAUUUUUUUUCAGGUUUUAUUCAUCGAAGAUGAUCGCCAACAAACUUAUGGUGAAUUUGUGAAAAGAGCUGGACAAUAUGCGACUGCUUUGACUGAAAAAUAUAAUAUCAAGGUGAAUUUCUGCUCUAAAUCUACUAGAUCUCUAACCCAAAUCCACAACUUCCAUAUUUUCUUCCAGAAAGGUGAUCGUGUAAUGGCUCGUGUAUCAAAAUCAAUCGAUACAGCUGCUCUUUAUAUUGGUUGCCUUCAAAUUGGAGCACUUUAUAUUCCAGUCAAUCCAGGUUAUACUGAAUCAGAAGCUGCACAUUAUAUCAAAGAUGCUACUCCAAGUUUAUUAGUUACUUGUAAUGAAGAAUUGGAUAAGGCAUUUAGGUGGGAUUUUUUUGAAAAGGAAAAUUGAGAUACAGUAAGAAAAACCCUGCAUUUUCAAGUUACAAGAGAAAAUUUGGAAUUCUUUUAAAAAAAACAUCUUUGAAUUUUUUCACUGUUUCAAAAAAUUCAUAAAAUUUUUUGAUUAAUUUUAGUGAAGUUGCUCUCAGUAAUAAAAUUUUUGACUCUUAUGGACAUUUAAAUUUGAAAAAAAUCUAGAAAUUCUUCUGAAAAAUGUAGAUAAAUGUUGAAAAAAAGAAUAAUUUCCAGAAUUGAAAACUGAAUUUUUCACUGUUUCAAAAAAUUCAUAACAUAUUUUAAUGAUUUUUGGAAUUUAAUUCGAUUGUUUGGUUGGUCGCGAACUUUUAAAUUUUUGAAGAAAAUUACCCAAAAUUCGAAUUAGAAUUUUUCCACUGUUUCAAAAUUUUUAUAAUUAAUUUCGGUUGAUUUUUCGAGAUUUUUCUGUAAUUUUAGCUUCAAAAAUUGAAAUCCCUAGAAAAUUACCCAAAAUUCGAAUUAGAAUUUUUCCACUGUUUCAAAAUUUUUAUAAUUAAUUUCGGUUGAUUUUUCGAGAUUUUUCUGUAAUUUUAGCUUCAAAAAUUGAAAUCCCUAGAAAAUUAUCCAAAAUUAUUUUGAUUUUUUUCACUGUUUCAAAAAAAUUCAUAACAUAUUUUGAUGAAUUUCGGAAUUUAAUUCAGCUGAUUGAAUGAUCGUGAAUUUUUAAAUUUUGGAAGAAAAAAUAUUCAAAAUUUAAAUUCAAAUUUUUCACUGUUUCAGAAAUAUUAUGAUUAAUUUUGGUUGAUUUUUUGUUUGAGAUUUUUCUGAAAUUUUAGCUUCAAAAAUAAAAAUCCCUUCAAAUUAUCCAAAAUUAUUUUGAAUUUUUUCCACUGUUUCAAAUUAUUAUUUUUUGAAGAAUUUUGAAUUUUAGUGCAUCUAAAUUUUAUUAUUAGUAAAAUUUUUGACUCUUAUGGACAUUUAAAUUUGAAAAAAAUCUAGAAAUUUCUUCUGAAAAAUGUAGUUAAAUUUUGAAAAAAAAAGAAUAAUUUCCAGAAUUGAAAACUGAAUUUUUCACUGUUUCAAAAAAUUCAUAAGAUUUUUUGAUGAGUUUUGAAAUUUAAUAUGUCUGUGAGCAUCAUAUCUUUCAAUUCUUCCAGAUCCCAAAUCAAUGUCUUAAACGAGCUGAAACUUGCCAGCGAAGCCUCCACCCUCAAACCAUGCACUGAAGUCGAACAUGUUGAUCCACUUGAUGCCGCCUGUGUUUGCUACACUUCUGGAACAACCGGACUUCCAAAGGGAGCUAUUUUGACACAUGGCAUGCUCAAUAAUAAUGCUCAUGAUAUUGUUAGAGAUUGGGGAUUUACAGAGAAUGAUAGGUGGGUUUCGGGGAUUUUUUGAAGGGCUGAACUCAAAGCUGAAUAUGAGUUAUGAAAAUUGUGAGCCUAGUUCUCGCGCCUAGAAGUUUUAGCUGUCAAGUCGCCGCUUCUAGAGAUCCCAGUUCUCAAAUAGCCGUGCCUAGAGAUCAUACUUUUAAGGUAAGCGCGCCUAGAGACCCCAGUUCUCAAGCAGUCGCACCUAGAGAGCAGAGUUACAAGUAGCCACGCCUAGAGACCCCAGUUGUGAAGUAGCCACGCCUAGAGAUCGAGUCUAGCAAGGGUCAGCGCCUUGAGAGCCUAGUUGUCAAGUAGCCGCGCCUAGAGAUCAUAACUUUCAAGUAAGCGCGCCUAGAGAUCCACUACGACAAGGAGUAGGCUCUAGAGAGCCAAGCUGUCAAGCAGCCGCGGCUAGAACCCUUGUUUGUCAAGUAGCUGAGCCUAGAGACCCCAGUUCUCAAGUAGCCACACCUUGAGAUUCACUCUGACAAGCAUCAGCGCCUUGAGAGGCUAUUUUACAAGCAGCCGUGUCUAGAGUGUCUUAUUGCUCAUAUUAAACUCUUUUUUUUCAAAAAAAUCGAACAGAAACUCUUCAUUUUUCACUAUUUUCUUCAUUUUUAAUUUUUGAAACAGUGAAUUUUUUCCAAAAUUUUUUUUUCGAAAAAUUGAAUUUUUUCCAAAAAUAUUCAAAAAAAAUUACUGUUUCAAAAAAUAAAUAUAAUUUUUCAAAUAUGAAAAUAAUUCAGUAUUGAAUCUUUAGUGUGUGGCUAUGAAAACUGAAGCUAUUUUUGCCACGUCACAACUCAUAUGAGUUGUCCGAGAGAACUACACAAAAUUUGAUCAUGCUGAAAAUAACCCUGAAAUUCAAAAUUCCAGAAAUCUUCACGCCCUUCCAUUCUACCAUGUUCAUGGUUUAUAUUAUUCCCUCCAUUGCUCACUUUUCUCCCAUUCCUCAAUUAUCUGGAGACCAAAAUUCGAAGUUGAAGACACAAUUAAACAUAUGAAAACAGCUACAGUAAUGAUGGGAGUUCCAACAUUCUACAGUCGACUUUUGAACAGUCCCAAUUUCACCAAAGAUGUCUUCAAAGAUAUUCGUGUCUUCCUAUCUGGCUCAGCUCCAUUGUCACUUGCCACAAUUGAAGAUUUCCAGAAGCAUACGGGACAUGUGAUUUUGGAAAGAUAUGGGAUGACUGAGGCUGGAGUUAUGACAACUAACCCAUUAAAUGGGGUUAGAAAGGCGGGAACUGUUGGACCUGCGGUUUCGGGAGUUGGAUUACGAAUCGCGAAAAAUGGGGGAAUUGAAGUGAAGACAAAUGCGAUUUUUGCGGGAUAUUGGAAGAAUGCAAAAAAGACGGCUGAAGAAUUCACUGAAGAUGGUUGGUUUAAAACUGGAGAUGUUGGAUUUGUUGAUGAAGAUGGAUAUUUGACGAUUGGUGGAAGAUCAAAAGAUAUGGUUAUUACUGGUGGAUUAAAUGUUUAUCCGAAAGAAUUGGAAGAUUUUAUUGAUACGUUGCCAUUUGUUGAAGAAUCUGCGGUUAUUGGUGAGGAAUUUGGGGAUAUUUGGGGAAAAUUAUUUGAAAAAUCAUGAAAUUAUUCUUUUUUUUAAUAUAAAAUAGUUGAAACAGUGGAUUUUUGAACAUCAUAAAAAUUUGCUGUUUCAAAAUUUUUGGUUGAAGUUUGGAUAAAUUUUUCAAUUACUUACUAAUAACCAUUUUUUCUAAUUUUUCAUAUGAAACAGUUGAAACAGUGGAUUUUUUAGAUUUUCAGAGCACCAUAAAAAUUCACUGUUUCAACAUUUUGGAAUCUGAAAGUUAGGCUAACUUUUUUUCAAAAAACUAGAAAGUUGGGGGAUUUUUAACAGUGAAAACAAUUUCGAAAAAGUAUACUUUCCAGCUGAAAAUUCAUACUUUUUUCAACGAAAAAAUUUAGAAAUCAAAUUUUCCGGAAAAAAAAUACGUUUCAAAAAAAUUCCAAAUUUCGCAGGGUUUUUAUUCCAGCUGUUUUAAACAUUUCUGAUUGCAAAAAACUUGACUCAAAAAUUUUCAUAUAAAAUAUUUGAAACAGUGGAUUUUUGAAAAUGAUAUAAAUUUACUGUUUCAACAAUUUUUGGCUAAGAAAACGUUUAAAAAAAUUCCAAAUUUCAAUAUAAAAUUUUCGAAACAGUGAAUUUUUGAGAAUUUUAGAUGAUCGGAAAAAUUCACUGUUUCAACAUUUUCAUAAGAAAUUUCUCAUUUGAGCUCACUAAUGGUAAUCAAUCUCCAAAUCCUAAUUUACUAACUUAAAAUUUUCGAAAGAGUGAAUUUUCGAAAAUAAAAAUUCACUGUUUCAUAAUUUUUACAUGAAAUUUUGGAUGAAAAUUCAGAGUUUCGUGAGCAAAUUCAACACUCUUCAAAAAUCCAGCCAAAAAAAAUAAAAAUUCAAUUUUUUUUGCAGCCUCACCCCACCCAGAUUUUGGCGAAGCAGUUGUUGCAGUAGUUGUACCAAAUGACAAAUCAGUAAAUCACAAAGAAUUCGAGCAAAAACUGAUUGGAAUUAUGAAGAAAAAAGUGGCGAAUUACAAAGUUCCAAAACGUGUUAUUCUACUCGAUUCGUUGCCAAGAAAUCAUAUUUCGAAAAUUCAGAAAAAAGAGCUUCGUGAUACCUACAAAAAUCUUUUUCAAUAG